AUUUUUUGAGUCAAAAAUAUGUUCAUUAUGUGAAUUAUUUAAUAUGUUAUUUGUUUUACACUGUGUGGCAUGAAUACAAUUUUUGAAUUAAAUAAUUAAUUUUGUCUCUGGCCAUAUGAAUAAUUGGUUUUAUAAUAUAAUUAAACUUAAAUUUAUAUAUACGAUAUACCUGUGUAAUUAAAUAAUUAAUGAUCGCAUAGUUCUACAGUAAACUACAGUACAUAUAAACACACUGUAAUUGAUUUCAAAAGGGAAGUCUAUUAUAACCAAAAAAGUCCACAUCUAUUAGUCUAACGUACUUGUCAACCAAUGUGUCCAAACAUUUUAAUUAAUAUGUAAUAUAAAUUUUUAUUACAUAAACAUUACAUGAAAAUCGCAUUUAAUUCACGACAUUUGCAAAUUAGUUAUAUAUAAAUAUAUAUACAAUAUAUAAUACUCAAAUAAUAUUCACUACAUAUGUAAUAGUAAUAACACUUAUAAUAAUCGUAGCAUAUAUACUGUAAGAAUAAUUUCUAUUUAAUUGAAUUAUUCUGUUAUAAAAAACCUCAAGAAUCGUAUCGUAAUACUCUUAAGAAUAUUCUUAUGCCGCAUAUAAUGCUACGAAAAACUAAUCGUUUAAAAAGCUAUCAAAAACAGUCGGCAAUCGAUUGUACAAAAUCUAUGGCCACCACUACUACCACCACCACCUACACGGGCACCGGUAGUCAUCACAUAAGUCUAUGGCUAUUCAUAAUCACCACAUUCUUGCUAUGUCCACAAAUUAGUUGCACCGGUAAAGGGACGGCCAACUUUCGUGCCAUUGAAAAGCGUAUACUCGACUCCAUUAUAGGGGACGGACGGUAUGACUCCCGUAUUAGGCCGUCGGGUGCCAACGCCACCAGUGGUGCGGAUGGUCCAGCACUCGUAUCCAUAAAUAUAUACGUGAGAAGUAUAUCCAGCAUAGAUGAUGUGACCAUGACAGCCUUAAAAAGGGGUGAAGUGGUUUACUAA